GUCGGGGCUGUGAAUGAAUCUCCCGGCUCUACUGCCCCGUCUCCAUUGCCGGAGAAGGGAGGAGCGCGGGGGUGGCGACGAGCGAGGCGGGUUUGCAGGGCAUAGGGCUGCCGGUGGGGAGGUGCGGAAGGACUCCAAGUGGGAUCCAGUCGUCUCUAGGGAAGCAGCAACUCGCCACAUUGUUGAUCAGGGACACUGUUGAGGAUUUUAUGUCGCACGUGGUGGGGCAGCUUGGGAGGCAGCCGAGCUGAGGGCGUCACACUGGGUAUUUGCGAACCUACCAGCUCUCGCUACCAGUGGAGAACGGUUGGGAGGGCAUGAGGCAGGGAAGAAAGGGGGAGGCCUUGUUAAGAGAAAUCCUGUCCAGGCGUGGUGGUGGCUUAGAGACUGGCCACGCAGCCCUCCCGCAGGCUGCUUUGCAGAUCCGAGGCUCUCGAGCACGAGCCCUGCCAGACAGGGCCCUGGUGAACUGUCAGUAUAGUUCUGCGACCUUCAGCACAGGUGAACGCAAGCGUCGACCACAUGGGGACCGUAAGUCUUGUGAGAUGGGCCUGCAGCUGCGUCAGACCUUCGAGGCGGCCAUCCUUACACAGCUGCACCCACGCUCCCAGAUUGAUAUUUACGUGCAGGUACUGCAGGCAGAUGGCGGGACCUACGCAGCUUGUGUGAACGCAGCCACGCUGGCAGUGCUGGACGCUGGAGUACCCAUGCGGGACUUUGUGUGCGCCUGCUCCGCUGGCUUUGUGGACAGCACAGCUCUGGCGGACCUCAGCCACGUGGAAGAGGCCGCUGGCGGUCCCCAGCUGGCCCUGGCCUUGCUGCCGGCCUCAGGCCAGAUUGCGCUGCUUGAAAUGGAUGCCAGGCUCCACGAGGACCACUUAGAGCCGGUGCUGGAGGCCGCUGCCCGGGCUGCCCGGGACGUGCACACACUGCUGGACCGUGUGGUUCGACAGCAUGUACGUGAGGCCUCUGUUUUGUUAGGGGACUGAACAUCUGCACCCCCCGCUCCGUUCCCAGAAUAAAACCCACACACAGUGUGCUGAA